UGCAAAAAUUUCAAAGCUGCUCUUGGCAAUGGAGAAAGGAACUCUUGUCAAUUUCCAAGGAAAGUCUCUUGAUGAAAUUGAGAUCGAAGAUGAAAUUGAUCUGGAUUUAGAUGAGGAAGAAGUAAGCGAUGACGACAAUGAAGAGUCUGAGCCUGUCUCUGGAGUAAGCGGAAGCAAAGAAGGGAUGAAGUUGACCCAGGACAAGACAGAAAGUUCCAACGGAAAAAGCCAAAUGAAUCAGGAUGAAACUGAGAACUCCAGAGAAACCAAAUUGAGGAGAAUUGUGAAAAGGCCAUGGAGCCCAAAUGAAGUGAAUGCUGUCAUGAAACAUUUCAGAGUCCACAUUUCAAAGGGACACCUUGCAACAAAGGCAGAGUGUGAGCAGUGCAAGGCUGCAGAGGACCCUCUUCUGAGAGAAAGAACGGCCCAAAAUAUAAGGGAUUUCGUGAGGAACCGAGGUUUGAUGUUGAAAAAGAAAUCUUCUUAGAGUUCUUCGAGAGAUCAGUGUCGCCUUCCAUUAAAGGUUGUAUCAGCGAUUUCAGGCCCAGAAAA